AUGCAUAGCCCUGCAUUCGACCAACGACGAUUCCAACGUUGCAUCUGCAACCGACAGAAGUAUCACGCCCUAACCCAGACCUUCAACAUUCACAGGGAAAGCGGUUCGCAUUCGGCUCUCCGCCCGGUUCAAAAAUUUCGCAACACACCAAUCCGCUAUAAAAAUCCAACGAUCCAACCCGACCAGCACCAGUCGUCCGACAUCAACCAAACAAUGCCGUUCAAACUACUCGUUAUCGCCGCCGCAUUGGCCUGCGCCAACGCCGGCUUCAUCGGCGCCCCGGUCGCUUACUCAGCCGCCCCCGACGUCAGCGGAGCCUACAUUCACCACGCUCCCGUCGCCUACGCCGCCCCCCAGGUCGCCGUCCACGCCCCCGCCUACGGCUCCACGCACCAGAGCGUCGAGCGCUCCUUGGGCGGCGCCCAAUCCGUCUCGCACUACUCCAAAGCCAUCGACAGCGCCUUCUCCAGCGUCAGAAAAUACGACACUCGGAUCACCAACGACGCUCUGACCUACGCCCCGGCUCCUGCUGUGACUUACUCUUCUGGACCUCUGUUAGCUAAAGCUGUAGCUCCUGCUGUGACCUACUCUUCUGGACCUCUGUUAGCUAAAGCUGUGGCUCCUGCUGUGGCUUACUCAUCUGGACCUCUGUUAGCUAAAGCUGUGGCUCCUGCUGUGGCUUACUCUUCUGGACCUCUGUUAGCUAAAGCUGUGGCUCCUGCUGUGGCUUACUCUUCUGGACCUCUGUUAGCUAAAGCUGUGGCUCCUGCUGUGGCUUACCCUUCGGGACCUCUGUUAGCUAAAGCAGUCGCUCCUGCUGUGGCUUAUUCUCCUGCUACUGUUGUGGCUCAUACUAGUUUCUCGGGUUUCGGUACCGCUUAUGAGUGGUAGAUUGAUUCGAUGGAUUUUUUUUUGUAUAUAUUUGAUUGAAUGUUGGAAAUUAUUUAUUGAUGUAGACGGUGAAAUAAAGAACGGUUUUUGAGGAUUUUUUUGUAGAUGUUAUUGGCUUGUUUGAGAAAUUCGUUUUAACGAGUAUUCGCGAGGAGAGCAAUGGAAUAUUAAAGUUCCGAUAUCUGGGAUGAAAC